CACCCAAUACGGAUCUCUAUAAAUUCGGCCAAAUAGAAAAUUAGGGUUUCUCUGCUUGUUCCAUUCCAUCGUUGCCACUCCUCUCUGCUGCUACGCUUACAGCGCCUCCUCCGAUCUCUCUCAAAAUGACUAAGAGAACAAAGAAGGCUGGCAUUGUUGGCAAAUAUGGUACCCGUUAUGGUGCUAGUUUGCGUAAGCAGAUUAAGAAGAUGGAAGUUAGUCAGCACAGCAAAUUUUUCUGUGAAUUUUGUGGAAAGUAUGCCGUGAAGAGAAAAGCUGUAGGAAUAUGGGGAUGCAAGGAUUGCGGUAAAGUGAAAGCUGGGGGAGCUUACACUUUGAACACUGCAAGUGCCGUGACUGUUCGGAGCACCAUCAGGAGGUUGAGGGAACAAACUGAAAGUUAAGCUUUUAGCUAUUGCUUAUGCUAGUUUCUUUAAAUUAAGUUUAGUUGAAUUUCAGAGAUCUACAUUGAUAGUACUCCAUUUUAAGUUUUGUUUCUGCAACUCUGUUAAAGCAAUUACCUAGGAGUAUGAUGUCUCCUUUCAUUAUCUCUAAACGUCUCUGUAGUUUCUUAUGUUUACUUUCAUUAUCUGCAAACACCUCUAUAUAGUUUCUUUUGAUUAUUUUGUUUCAAUAUAAAGACUAGUUUGCCCAA